AUGUUGGAAGGAAAAGCAAUGGUGGAAGAUUCAGACAUGCCAGUGAAGAUGCAGAUGCAAGCUAUGGCUUCUGCUUCUCAAGCUCUUGAUCUUUUUGAUGUUUUUGACUGUAAAUCCAUUGCUGGUCACAUCAAGAAGGAGUUUGAUGAGAGAUAUGGAAGUGGAUGGCAAUGUGUGGUGGGAUCAAAUUUUGGGUGUUUCUUCACACAUUCUAAAGGGACUUUUAUCUAUUUCCAAUUGGAGACACUUAAAUUCCUCAUCUUUAAAGGAGCUUCUUCUCCUUAA